UAUUCAAUAUGUUUUUACAGCUGCCUUAGCAAUGUCCAUGAAAAUUGUGGGAAUAGUGGAAGGCGAAAACGUGAUGUUAGUAGUGAAGUUGUAUACAAUUUGUUGGAUGCUGCGGAGCCUGUUGAUAAUUUUUUGUCUGUGAUGCAACAGAUUUUUAAUGAUGAAAACAUGUAUGAUGUUGAUUCUACAUGGUAUGGAGCAUUUAAACCAGUUGUAUCUGAUGAAAGUCCAUUGGGAAUCCAGCUGUCAUCAGAUGAAUUCAGCAAUGUACUAAGUGCAAUUAAUGACGAAACACAAAAGGUUACAUUGAAUAAAUUCUUACAAAGAUGGAACAACACAGCAACAGCAUGGAAAGAUGGGACAUUAAACACACUGACUGAUGUUGCUGAUGUAAUAAAUUUUCGGAAACUGGAUCCAGGAAUUCAACAAUAUAUUGAUGAUCAUAGCAACGCUAAGACAAAGGGAUUUAAUUCAAUAUUUGAUGUGUAUGACCAUGCCGCAGAAACAUACAAAGCAGCUGAACAAGAAACUCAGAGUGGUAGUAGUGAAUCCAUUUGUGCAAAGGUCAGAGUAAGAAUUGUCCAGGAUUUAGUUCUAACACGUGAUGCCUUUAAUACUAGACUGGAGAUUGAAAAUGGAGAAACUUCUGCAUUGGAGAAUAUCAAAGUGGAGAUCAGAAUUACACAAACAUUUGGAAAUGGAGAGUCCGCAAAGGAUACGUUUUCUAUAGGUAAACCAUCUUUGAUAGGAAUAUCUGGUGUAGAUGGAGAAGGGACCCUUGAAAAAGAUAUUUCAGGGUCAGCUGAAUGGUUAAUGAUCCCUUAUUCUACAGCAGCACCACAAGAUGAUACAUUGUAUGAUGUUGGAGGUCAGUUAUCCUACAGUGUUGGUGGCUCAAACUUUUCUGUUCCUUUGCUUCCAGACAUCAUAACUGUGAAACCUAAUCCAAGACUGGUGGUGCAUUAUUUCUAUGAAAAAUAUGUAAGAGGAGAUGAUCCAUUAACAGUAGCUAUUGAGCCUAUUAUUCCAUUUAAUUUAGCAGUGACUGUAAUGAAUGAUGGGUUUGGCACAGCCCAGGCUCUCCGCAUUUCAUCUGCUCAGCCAGAAAUCAUUGAAAAUGAAAAAGGUUUAUUGAUAACAUUUAAAAUAUUAGGUGCAAAACUUGGAAAUGAGCAAAUCGCUCCGUCCCUAUCGGUUAAUUUCGGAGACAUUCAUUCCUUUGAAACAAAAACUGCCACUUGGCUUUUGACAUCAACUCUUAAAGGAACAUUUUACAACUAUACUGCUACCUUUGAAAACAUCAACCCGCUUGGAGAUCCUCAACUUUCAUUAUUUGAUGAACUUGGAUAUCAUGAACUUGUUCACUUAGUAAGAAUAAAUACAGAAAAUGAAAGUGAUGACUUUGACGAUUUUUUGGUGAAUGACAUUGUGGAUAGUGAGACUAUGCCAGAUAGACUUUAUAGCACUCAGAAUGGGUCAAAUGUAUAUGAUGUUUAUAUAGGAAAUCUUACUCAACUAUACACAAGCUCGUACGUACGAUCACAAAAGAAAGUCUACACAGUGGUACAUCUCAAAGUAACAGCAAACACAUCAACCUGGACAUACACAAGAAUUGAAAAUAACAUCACAAGUUCAAACCCUGUUGAUAGUCAAAAUUUGCUACAAUGUGAAUCAAGUUUAAAUAGGAAACUAAUGAUUGAAAAGAAUGUAUGGCAGACAACACAUAUUCUUGAUAAAUUUUUUCUCCAUAUAUUUGAUUUUAUUCCCUCUAAUGAAACAGCUGAGGAGGGUGUGGAAGUUACGUAUGAUAUCACUUUUGGACCACGGAAUAUGUAUGCCCCCAUAUUCAACAUGACUAGUUACUCACAGACCGUGCCAUUUGAUGCUUCGAUUGGAUCAGUUAUUUUAACACUAUCAGGACAUGACAUUGAUGAUAACCAAAUGUCAUUUCAGAUAGUUGAUGAAGAUAUUAAACCUGUUUUUGCCAUAAAUGAGACCAUCGGAAGCAUUAACACAAAAGUCCUUCUGAAUUCAACUACUGUGUAUACAUUUAAGGUGAUGAUAGUAGAUCAUGGUAUUCCACCAAUGUCCUCUAUGACAAAUAUCACUAUUAGUGUAACUGACUAUAUAAUUUCUUCAGUUCCAUCUACAGACACUGCAAGUCCAGUAUCAACACCACUGACUUCAUAUAUAACUGAAUAUACUAUUAAAUCUUCAGAGUCAUCAGCUGCUAGAGAGACAGUAGGAAGUGAAACAAGUACCAGGUCUCGUGAAAUGUAUACAUCAGAAUCUCAAGCCACGCCUACGAUCACUACAGGAUAUACUACUGAAUCAUCUAUACCUGCUGGACAAACAAACCACUAUUAUGCCACAUCUACUGUAAAAGUUGAAAAUAAAUGUAACAGUACCAGCCUUGCAUGUGAUUUGUUAAAUGGGGGAUGCAGUAUCAACAGCACAGGAGACGCCUUCUGUUUUUGCAACGCAGGCUAUGAGUUUACUAAUCCAGGUGUUAGUUAUACGUGUACAGUUGAAAAUAAAUGUAACAGUACCAGCCUUGCAUGUGAUUUGUUAAAUGGGGGAUGCAGUAUCAACAGCACAGGAGACGCCUUCUGUUUUUGCAACGCAGGCUAUGAGUUUACUAAUCCAGGUGUUAGUUAUACGUGUACAGUUGAAAAUAAAUGUAACAGUACCAGCCUUGCAUGUGAUUUGUUAAAUGGGGGAUGCAGUAUCAACAGCACAGGAGACGCCUUCUGUUUUUGCAACGCAGGCUAUGAGUUUACUAAUCCAGGUGUUAGUUAUACGUGUACAGUUGAAAAUAAAUGUAACAGUACCAGCCUUGCAUGUGAUUUGUUAAAUGGGGGAUGCAGUAUCAACAGCACAGGAGACGCCUUCUGUUUUUGCAACGCAGGCUAUGAGUUUACUAAUCCAGGUGUUAGUUAUACGUGUACAGUUGAAAAUAAAUGUAACAGUACCAGCCUUGCAUGUGAUUUGUUAAAUGGGGGAUGCAGUAUCAACAGCACAGGAGACGCCUUCUGUUUUUGCAACGCAGGCUAUGAGUUUACUAAUCCAGGUGUUAGUUAUACGUGUACAGUUGAAAAUAAAUGUAACAGUACCAGCCUUGCAUGUGAUUUGUUAAAUGGGGGAUGCAGUAUCAACAGCACAGGAGACGCCUUCUGUUUUUGCAACGCAGGCUAUGAGUUUACUAAUCCAGGUGUUAGUUAUACGUGUACAGUUGAAAAUAAAUGUAACAGUACCAGCCUUGCAUGUGAUUUGUUAAAUGGGGGAUGCAGUAUCAACAGCACAGGAGACGCCUUCUGUUUUUGCAACGCAGGCUAUGAGUUUACUAAUCCAGGUGUUAGUUAUACGUGUACAGUUGAAAAUAAAUGUAACAGUACCAGCCUUGCAUGUGAUUUGUUAAAUGGGGGAUGCAGUAUCAACAGCACAGGAGACGCCUUCUGUUUUUGCAACGCAGGCUAUGAGUUUACUAAUCCAGGUGUUAGUUAUACGUGUACAGAUGAAAACGAGUGUGUCUUACAAACACAUUCUUGUAAUCAGAGGUGCAUCAACAAAGCUGGAGGUUAUCUAUGUUCUUGUAAGGAUGGUUUUGUGUUAACAGGGAACACAACAUGUCAAAACAUAGAUGAGUGUAUAUUGUUAAACAAUAACUGUGAGCAGAUAUGUGUUGAUACAAUAGGAAGUUUCAACUGUUCAUGUAGGGAUGGUUUUGUAUUGAACUCAGAUCAAAGAAGCUGUAAUAAAGAUUAUGACCCAUGUGGAAAUAAGAAUAUCAACUGUAGCUAUGGAUGCGUACUAGAGAACAGUGCACCUGUCUGCUAUUGUCCAGAAAAUUAUGAACUCAGCAUAGAUGACAACCAGACAUGCUCAGUUGUAUACAGAUCAGUUGAGAUCUCCAUGACCACAGAUUAUCCAUACGCAAGUGAAAUGGCAGAUCCUUCCACAGAUGAAUUCAAACAUGCAAGAGUUGAUAUUAAAGUAGCAUUGUAUUACAGAUACAGCAAUAUUCCUGGAUUUUUAUCAUUAACUGUUAUUAGCUUUUCGUUUGGUAGUACAAUUGUUCAAUAUACGGUUGUAUUUAACCAAAGUUUGAGUGACAGUAAAAUAAUUGAGAUUGCCAGUGUCACUAAUAAUAUAACACAUAUAACUGUACUAGAGAAGCCAUACGGUGUAACAGGAGAAACUUUUGUCAACUACCAAAAAACAAAUCAGGAGCCGUUAACCUGUACAUUGUGUAAAGCAAAUCAUACAUGUGUAAUACUAAAAACAAAUACUUAUGAAUGCAGACCACCAUUGUCUAAACUAGAGAGUAGGUCAUUAUUUUUUGAGGCUACACUUCGGAAAAAUUUUAACCAAAAUUAUGGAAAUAAACUGCAUUUAGAAUAUGCUGCAUAUGAAGAAGAAGUAGAACAAGCAUUUGCAACAGAGAUGAAUGGUGUAGAAGAUAUCCAGUACUUAAAUGUAACAAAUUUGAGAAAUCACCCAGAGGGAGUUACAACUUGCCUUGUUAUGAUAUUUAACACUGUUGCUAAUAAGACAUUACAGUAUGAUAAAGUGUUGAACAUCUUGGUAAAGAUAGAAACCGAGGAUAGAUCAUGUGUAGACAGUGUAGAUACGUGCAUUGCUUUAAACGGAAGUAUUACAUUAGGCAAUACAACUACAACAUUAGAACCUGUCAUAUGCAGUAUCUGUUCUUUGACACAGCAAUGUAUACAAAACAAUCAAAUUUCCAGAUACCAAUGUGUUAAUCAACAAACAACAGAACAAACAGCAAGCUCAACCUCAAAAAGAAUUACUACCACUGUACAAAGUAAAAGUUCAUCAGAUUUGAUACUCGGUCUAGGUAUAGGAUUACCUCUAGCCAUUACCGCAUUUAUUAUCAUUUCAACGAUCAUGAUAUGCAUGUCUUGUAGAUGUAAAAACAGAAGUCUGAAUCAAUAGUACAAGGACAAUCAGAUGAUGAUAAUUGGCAGAUUAGACAAGCCUUUGGUAGAAAGGAUUCAAGUUUGAUGGGAACAAAGUCUUUGGUAGGCUUUUACAAUGAAGUUGCUUAUAAAUAUGCCUUUGAAAAGAGGCAAUACGACUAACUGUUGUUAACAGUAAAAACAAAUUGAAUGAAUGACAUUGUGGAAACUAGGUUUAUUGACACAAGAGUUGACAUACUUUAUUCAGUGAAAUUUUGAGACAUCAUGACCCUCAGUAAAAAGGAAUGAACUGUCGGGUUAGGAUUUAACUAAAACUAACUAUCAAAAAUGUUCAUUUUGUCUCUGCAGCAGACACACCACCUUAUGCCAAGAACUUAUUUUUUUGUAUCCAGUCAUGAACCUGGUUAUGAAUAUAAUUUCUCUGUCAGGUAUAUGCAUGCUUUUGGUUUUUUUUUUUUUUCUCUAAUAAUUUUUUUUUUGAAAAAAAGGAAAUACAGAAAUUUUAUUUUCGGUUUAUAAACUAACUAUCAUGCCUAGAAAAAGGCUAAACAUAGCUUUUGUUUCUCAGAAUUUUGGAAGUUUUAUACAGUGAAACAACCAAAACCAAAUCUGAUUUUGAAGGAUAUUUUACAAUAAAACAAAAGCUUAGUAUAAAUGAAGAGGGACAAUUGGGUCACCAAAAAAAUCGCAUUUUUCUUAAAUUACGUAACCAUUAAAUUUCAAACUUGAAAUAUACUCCAUUCAUUUGACUUGAUUAACAUAUCUUAAAUUGCUUAGUAAUAUUGGAAUGUUCUAUUUAAGAUUUGGUUGAUAUCUAUUCUGUUUACUUUAUUGAUGUUAACUGGUCACCAUAUAGAUAUUUUAUUAUACAUUGUAUUGCAAAAUUGCCACGUUAAUAAGACGUAAAAGCCAAAAGUUUAAAAUGUAAGUUUAACAAACUGUCAUGUUAUAAUUGUCUGAUAUUGUUUAUUUUUUCUGUAUUUUAUAUGUAUACAUAUAUAUAUAUAUAGAGAGAGAGAGAGAGAGAGAGAGAGAGAGAGAGAGAGAGAGAGAGAGCUAAUGAUUAGCAUUUUUAACGAGGAUUUGUUGAUUUAUUAUCAAACGGACAUAUAUAUGUGUUUUUAUAUUAAUCAUAAUGAUUUCCUAUGACAUUUGUUUUCCAUUCGUUUGAUGUGUUUGAGCUUUAGAUUUUGCCAUUUGAUAAAGGACUUUUUGUUUUAGAAUUUUCCUUGCAGUUUGGUAUUUUUGUUAUUUACUUUUUAUUUUGCUGAUUAUCAUGAUCAUCUUUCGAUUUUUAAAGUAUAUUUUUAUUAAUAAUUUGAUGAAUUAUAAAAAAAAACCUUCUUUGUAAUGUGCAUGAUGAUAACAAUAUUAAUCAUUUUACCAUAGAUCUGUAAUGGAAGAGAUGCUUCAAUGGUCAUAAUUACAAGCCAAAUAUUAAUAAUGGCAAAAGUUAAAAGAGUAAAACAAAAAGACAUAUAAGGAUUAUUUUAUGACAUAUGAUUUUCAUUAAUAUGUCUUUCUUAUCAGUAAAUCCUAAUACUGUUAAAUAUUGUUAGAAGACAAUCUUACCUGUGGUCAUUAUUUUUUAUGCUUUGCUGAGUUUGUAUCUGUAGAUUUAUGUUUUUUUUUAUCUGUAUUCCAUAUUUAUAUAUUCUAUGAUCAUUCGAUAAUCAAAUAUUUUAGUGUGAGUACAGGCAUUUGAUUGUCUUAAUUUUAAUGCUGCUGAAUUUUCGUACAUUGUAGGUGGUAAACAUGGUAAUUGCAUUUCUUAUGCUUUGGUAUUUUAGUGUUAACACAUUUCCAAUAAAAUAAGACAUUUGUUUGUCUGUGUUAUUGACUUAUCGUUUUUUUUUACCAGAGAAGAAAGCAUUUACACAUGUUAAGUUUUUAAGGACAUGCAGUGAGAAGGUGUUUUUGUAGUUUAUUUAAUACCAGUUUGAAGCAAAAUACAUAAUUGGAUUAUUAAUAGAUUUCAUAAUAAAACGUGAAUAGUAAGUUAAGAUUUAUACUGCCUUUUUUUAAAUGAUGGUAACAUAUAAUUAUAUGCUUUUUUAUGAUUUUUGUAUCAUACUUUGUAUUCAGUGUACCACCAACAUUACUUCUGUUAUGUGGAGGAAAGUUUUAAUGAAGAGAGUCUUUGCAAAAGAUUUUAUUGGCGAAAAUCUAAAUGUUGCAAUUAAAAAAAAAAUGAUUAAUAAAGUUUGGUUAAAAAAUUAACCCCCUCGUGUAUAAUUUAGUUACAAUUGAGCUUUUAAACUGAUGAGUAGCAAGUUUUUGCUUAGGAGUAUACAUUCUUGUAAAAUUUUCUGAAUUAAAAAAAAAAUAAAUUAGUGUUGCCUUAUGUAAAUGUUUUUGUAACCAGCAUUUGAAAUUAAGCAUGAUCUUAAUUACUUAAAAAUUAUUGAUUGCGUUUGAGUCUUAACAGAUUUUCACAAGAAUUUUGAAGAAAGUUAAUGUUAUUAUUUAUUACAUAUUUGAACCAAUUACAAAACAAAAAAGAGAUUUAUCUCUUUAUUUUAUUUUUUUAAAAUAAAAUGUCCAAAUCGUAAAGCAUGAUACUUUUGUCUAAGCAUUUUUAUCAUGUUCGUUUCGGGUGAUAAAAACAUGUUUAAUAUAUAUUUUUUGUCAGGUGAACAUUUUCGUUCACAAACAUUAGCCGCAUGUCAAUGUAUAUUUAUUUCUAAAUUGGAAAUGCAAAAUGUUACCUUCUGUUUUCUGGUUAUUAGACAUGUUGGAAUUCAAAUAUAAGAUUUCUUUUCUCUAAAUAAAUUAUAAGUACUUGUAUUUGAUAAUCUAUGCGUUUUAUAGAAAUAAGUUUAGAGAUUUGACUGAUAUAUAAAUGUUUAAAUGUAUCAUGCUUAAUAUUAGUUCUACUACUGUUUAUAUUCAAGAUAAAUCUUAUUUUGUAGUACAUGUCCCCGUGCUUGUGGUGUAUGCCCUUAUAUUUUACAAUUAUGAGUUGUUUGCCUGUGAGAGAGCUUUCACAUGUUUAUUAUAUCUUUGUUCUUUAUUUGUUAAUUAAAUAUAAUGGUGUUGGGAUGUAUAAAUAAUCA